UCUGGUCUGUUGUAGCGCAGCUUCAAAAGGGACGAGCAGCUAGCGUAGGUGCCAACCAGUUUUGUAUUAGUCUUUGCACUUGGGAUUGUGUGGUUUUAAAGUAUGAACCAGGUUGAUUUUACAGCUGGUACACGGAGAAGUCCGGCGGUUCCCGAUAAAGUCGACAUGUCAUUAGAUGACAUCAUUCGGUUGAACAAAAAAGAGCAACAACUAAAAAGGAGACAGGCCACUGCGAACCACCGACCAUUUAAGAAGAAAGGCCGUUUAGUCCAAGGAAAAGGAGUUUCACCGAGGACCACAGGACCAGUCCAGAGAGGUGGAGUUGUUCGUGGAGGAGCAGCUAAAUUAAGAAACAGGAAGGUCCCUUACCUCCCGGGUCGACGACGGGGUCAAGGGGUUAUCACAGGACUGGCAGCCAGGAGGCCAGCUGCCCUGCUCAAGCGCGUGGGCACGCUCAGCAGAGCAGCAGUCAGCCAGAGAACAAGACAGAAAACCAGACCCUUCAUUCAGCGCACUGAAGCUCAGUAUAGGAAGCUGGAGGUUGAGAGGUGGCCAUACAGGCAGCCCGAUCCACACCGCAGCCAGAAUGCGACACCGGUCAGGAGACCCUUUCAUCUGCGACGACGGCCGCUGCCGCCUGUCCAGCAGACCCAGAGGGAAGCACGCCAAGCCACAUUUCUUUUUCGGAGGGGACUCAAGGUUCAAGCCCAGGUGCAAAAGCCAAAUCCUCGAUCUCCUCCGGUCAGAACGCGCCAGUGGCACACAUCGACAGCCAGCAAUGGAAUCUUGACCGUUUCAAUUGACAACCCCACAGCUAGGACUCAGCCUGAGCCUCCCACUGCAUGGACCCUGCAUCCCCCAGCUGUCCGCUCUGUUCCUAUCAAAGACGAAAUGGCAGAGAAGAAAAUACCAAAAGGAGUGCCUCUAGAGUUUGACAUUAACAGUGUUGGGAAACCACAAACAUCGAUGACCUUGAAUGAGCGAUUCCGCAUCCUGAAAGACCGGCGCGCAGCCACAGCACAAAGCAGUAAGGGUGGCCGGUUUGUUACCGUGGGCUAGCCAACAGUGAUGAGACAAUGACAAGUGAUACUGUAGAGCCCCCUUGUCUGGCACAGACCUGCACAGUAAACCCCACCCUUCUGACUGGGAGAGCGGUGACCCUCUAACCGACUUGACUGAAGGCAGCGAGGGCAACCAUGUGGCAAACGAGUACAAAGAUGCACAGCUGUGCGAACACAAGUGUCAGUGGAGAUGUUUGUUUAAAAUAAGAUCCCAUUCAUUGUUUGUGUCAUUGUACUCAGCUGUUUGUACUGUGGCUGCUCCAUACUGGGAAGGAAAGAGCUUUUUUUCCCCCUGUUGGACUGGGAACUGUUGAUACCACUGGCAGUAUUUCUUUUCAGAGAGGGCUGCUGUAUGUUUACUUGAGGUGGCUUGUUUGUUCUCCAACUUUUUUGGACUUUUUUGAAAAUUGUUUUGUAAUGUUUCUUCAAAUAAAUGAGCUUCUAG